AUGUCCGAAUUGUCCGAAGAUGAACAAUCGCUGCAGGCGCUCUUCGAUCCGGCCAAAAGAGUGGCGUCCGACAUUGAGGAAAACCGAUUUGAGCUGCGAAAAUUGCAGCCGCGUCUCCAAACGGCUAUCGCGAACCUGCAUCAAGUCACUGUCAAUGUGAAUAAGCUUGGAUUGUUCUCCUCCAACGAACAGGUCCGGGAAAAUAUCGACUUCAAAAUCCGAUUUUUGCAGAUCGAAGACAUUCCGACGAGCUCUCUUCCGUUUCUAAUGGUUCCCUGCUUUCUCGGGCUCUUCCACACCAACCUGAUCGUAGAUUCCACGGAAAAAUUGGAGGAAUUGCGAAAAGCGAAAGUUUACUUUCGAAAUUACCUGGAACGUCUUCGCAAUGUGGGCCUAAUCACGUCCAGACUUCCCUGGGAUGAUGAUGUCGCGAAGGAAGACGCGGAAAAAUUAAAAGCACCGAAACCGUCACAUGAAGAGAUUCGCAAGCAAAAAUUGGAUCGGCAUAGGCGGAAAAAAGAGCUAAAAGCGACAGAAUUGAGCAUUGAACGGCAAUUAGAGGCGGUUACGGUGGACGAGCAGAAUCUUCGGGAGCUCUUCGUCACUCAGCUGCUCUUCUGGAGCGAGCGGGCCUACGAAGAGCUGCAAUCAAUCGAGGAAGAGCUGCCGAUCCUCCGAAUGAUGGCCGAGAGAUCCGGCGGCCACGCCCCGCCCCUUCCGCCGCCCACGCACAAAGUUCCGAGCCUCAAACCGUUCGUGAUCACUCGCGACGCGCAGCAGAAGAAGGUGUUCGGCGCCGGAUACCCGGGCAUUCCGACCGUGAGCGUCGACGAGUGGUUCCAUCAAAAGUUCGGGUGCGGCGGAGCCAAUGUGCCACCGCAGAGCUCCGCGCCUCCGCCCACGCAGCAGAUUCAGUCAGUUUUUUGAAUAUUCCAGAAUUUAUUUGUAAUUUUUGUGAAUUUUCAGAGAAGGUGGUGGUGCGGGAGAAUCGGUUGAAGAAGAAGAAGAAGAGGACGAAGAUGUGGCGAGAGCGGCUGCGAUGCGUUGGGACGAAUAUAAGGACGAUCACCGGCGGGGAUGGGGAAAUACUCACAAUAAAGGCUAGAAAACUGUAUUGUAGAUCUCGAGAUGUGGCCCCACUUUUUUUGUGAAUUUGACUGAAAUAUCAACGAAAAUGCUCCGAUUUGUUCGUGUUCUUUAUUGCCAUGCAUUUUUAUCAAUUUUGUCUGCGAAUGUUCAAGGUUCCUGAAGCCUUCUUCCUAUUUUUUCUCUAUACUCCUUUGAAUUUCGUUUAGAAAAUUUUUGAAAGGUGAAAUGGCAUUCCGUAAACGAAGACACGAUUCCGGAGGCGAUUCUGAUGAGGAACGGCUGCCGAUCAAUCGCGACGACGACGAUGAGCAACUGAAAGCGGUUUGUCAGAAAAAUUUGUGUUUAACCAAAAAACCGCAUAUUCUACAGGAUCCGGCGAAAAAGUCGCGAAACCUGUGGUCGGACAUGCUGCUCGAGGAGCAACUUCAGGAGCAGGGCCAGAAGAUCAACCUGGACAAGUCGGCGAAGAAACAGCCGACGUUCUCGCGCGGUCCCGAGUCGUACGUGAUGCCGCAGGAGGAGUUUCAACGCAAAAAUCAGAAAAACGCGAAGAAAGCGGAGCGUGACGGGCCGCCGAUCGUGAUGGUCACUCCGGCGGCCGACGAUCCGUUCGCCGAUGCGCCGGAAGCGCCGACCGAGGAGUUUGGAGUGAAAAAGAACGAAAUUAAGAGGAACUCGGUGGAGAUUGAGCAGGAAAAGGGUUGGUGGGCGAAGAAGGGCGCCAACAAACGGUUCGCCGAGAGAGGCGGUCAUUUUGACAGGGAGAAGAGACAUCCCGCACCCGUUAAGGUCAGUUUGGGCCGAGAAAAGGGGAACUGCAUGCUUUUAGCUAAGCUAAAAAAGAACGAAAGAGGGGCAAUUUCAACCAAUUGUCCCCUUGAAAUACGCGUGAACAUUGCAGAAAACGUGUCAACUGAUGGCCGAGGAGUUCUCAUUGGCGGCAAUGUUGGAGGCGAAAUUCGAAGAAGACAUUGGAUUGGAGCAGUUGGGCACGGAAAUGGCGACCGCGAUGGGCGAGAAGGAUCCGGGCACGAUCGUGAAGAUUGUAAAUGCGAUCGGAAGGGACCCUUCCGUCAAACUGUUCGAGGAGACCAAGGAAAUUGAGAAGAACGGGGGCAUGAAGGUGAGUUGUAGAUUUAAUGCAGGGCUCGGCAAAAGGCCGGCCCAGGCUUUUUGAGACCUGGACUUUUGACCCACUUGGAAUGAGCCGAUCGGACCCAAACUUUGCAGACUUCUUGGACUUGGAUUAAAGUAUAUUGGUCCGAGUUUGCAAAUGGGUCAAAAGUUCAGGUCUCAAAAAGCCUGGGCCUAAAUUUGCCCAGCCCUGCAUAAAAUAAAAAAUCUGUUCUUUUAAGUUAUAAAUUAUUCUUUGCAGACAGCGGACGGAAGUCGUCGUCGUACUCCGGGUGGUGUGUUUAUAACGCUCUUCAAAAUGGAUCCGACCGUGUCGCGUGACGUCAAAAACGCCAUUUUCGGCGAUAUGCGCAACGCGGACAAGCAACGCUCCAAGACCAAGAAAAAGGGACAACAGUUCACGCGACAACUCGAAGAGGUAGACGAUUUUUACAAUUCUUCUUACAACUUUUUUUAAAUUGCAGAUGAAAAAGACGAUGGAGCUGGCGGAAAAAGCGGAAAACGAUUUGGCGAACGAGGAGUUGGGAAUGGGUGCCUUCGACGAGGAAGUGGCCAACAUCAUCUGA